AUGCUCGAUGAAGAGAAGCUCGAGGCCCAGCCGCCUCUUAGCCCCGAGACGAAAGAAACCUUGACACUCAAAGAAAGACUCGUUGGCCAUCUUUCGGCCGAGGUUGAGGCCAACUCUGGACAUUUCCCUUUGCUCGUUUGUUGUUUUGUCACAGGAUUGACCGAUGGGACAUUGUAUAAUGCAUACGGUACCUUCGUCUCCAUGCAAACUGGCAACACUAUUUUCGUGGCUUUGGGCACAUCUGGGCAGAAUAACAGGCCUUUUGGAUGGGCACGUUCACUGUGUUCUAUUGGCUGCUUUACGAUAGGCUGUCUCGCGUUUGCCAAGUUUCACAAGCUAAUCGGCGGCGCACGUCUCCGCCGGACGGUAUUGUCGUCUUUCUUCCUACAGACACUUUUUGUCAUCGUUGCCGCUGCCAUCAUCCAGGGUGGUAUCAUCGAUGGUGCCUACCCGUCUCACCGGCACCCGUCCGAUGUCGACUUUGCUGAGUUAGCUGCUGUAGCUUUGCUCAGUUUCCAAGCGGCCGGCCAGAUCGUGAAUAGUCGCGGGCUAGGGGUAAGCGAGGUUCCAACAGUGGUUAUCACAAGUUUGCUGUGCGAUUUGAUCAGCGACGAGCAACUGCUGGCAGGGUUUACCUAUAACGGCAAAAGGAACCGCAGAGUGAUCGCUUUCGUGCUCACUUUGCUUGGUGCGAUUUGCGGUGGCUGGAUAUCGAAGGCAACAGGAGCUGUGCAGCCUAGUCUUUGGUUUGUGGCAGCGAUUAAAGGCGUUAUCACACUGAGUUGGCUGGGCAUGGGGGAUUUGCUUCGUCGCUCCUAG